AACGUCAAGCAACUUGACAUUUCCCGGAUGUAAACAUAUUGAUUGGUUGUAUUUUUAUCACAUUUUAUUGAUUUGCAUCAGGACAUCGGCACAAAAUGGACCAAGAAACCGCGAAAAAGCUUUUGGUGGAAGGAGGAACAUUUGUGUUCCUUGGAGUUCCUCAAGAAACUCAAUUUGGUAUCGAUAUGCAAUGUUGGAACACCGAGGAGGAUUUUCGCGGAAUUAAAAUGAUACCACCUGGAUUACACUACAUUCAUUUCUCUGGAGUGAGCAAAGGGACCGGGGAUGUCUCGCCCAGAUCAGGCUUUAUGCACUACUUCCACAAAAAAGAGUUUCUAGUCAAAAUGUGGGAUAAAAACACAGAGGAUAUGAGCAAAGACGAGAUCACAGAAGAAAGCAUUCAACGCCUCAAAGACAAUCUGUUAAACUUGGAUCGCCAUCUUGCACCAUAUCCAUAUGAGAUAUGGCAGAAGUGGAAGCUACUGACUUCGCAAAUACCAGCUGAACUAGCCGCAAAGCUAUCACCAGAAAACGGUAUGAUUCGAGCAUCGGUAGAACUCCUUUCAAUGACUGAUGAAGAGAGACCAAGAGGAGUGAAAACUACAGCUUCUAUGGAAAGUCAAGAUAGUACAGAAGACUCUACGAAAGAAGGGGAUGAAAAAGAGGAGCCAGCUGCAGGACAGUCUGAUGCUAAACGAGCUAAGAGGAUCACUCAAGAAGAGAAAGAAGAUGCAAUGUUACCACAUUUGAAACCUGCACCAGGUAUGUCCAUGAGGUUCACAGAAAUACCGCGGGACAAAUACCCACCAGGAUCAACACCAGAAGAGAUUACUAAACAUUACUUGGACCAGUCAUAUUCUUUAGAGCUUAUGAUUGCACAGCAUGACGAGCCACUCCAUAUAAUAGGCGAACUCCAAUUCGCCUACUUAUGCUUCCUUAUCGGACAUUCCCUCGAGGCUUUCGAACACUGGAAAAACCUUGUCAUCCUCAUGUGUUCUUGCGAUGACGCCAUCCACAAGUACCGCAGCGUAUUCUUCCAUUUCAUCAGAACAAUUGAAGUACAAAUUGAAGAAAUGCCAGAAGAUUUCUUAGCUGAUAUUGUCAUGAACAAAAAUUUAGUAUACAAAAAACUUAGAGAAUUCUUCCGUACAGCACAUGUGAGCAAAGUCGACGGUCGUCUUCUUACAAUGAUUGAAAGAUUCAAGGAUAAUUUGACGGACAAACUGCAGUGGGAUUUUACUGGCUUAGAUGCUGAUGAAGAAGACGAAAGACCUGUUAUAGUACAGCUAAAUGAGGCAGAGUAAAUUAAGUAUAAUAAUAUAGAUUUAUUAAUGUUUAGUUCAUUUGACUUGGACUAUUUUAAGGACUGCCUUACUGAGACAGUGUGAUGACUAAAUGGGCUGUACCUACAGCGGACAGCCAAUUUCACACAAAGCAAUGUAUAUUUUUAAUAAAAUUUGUUGAACAAAAUCUAGAUGUUGUGUGUGAACAAAUACAAAACUUCAGUGAGGCUAUCUUAAAAAAUAAGUUUGAUUGACAAGGAUUUUUUAAGUACAAAUAAAUCAUUGUAGUUGUUUUGUCUGCAUAAUGCAGACGAAAACACACUAAUAGAACCUUGUUGCAAUUUUUUGCUUUCAUAGUCAAUCAAUAUUUUACUUCUAAGUACCUAUACAAUAUUCCCUCUAAAUGUACCCUUCAAGGUAGAUUCAAGUCUAUGUAGUUGUGUACUAUGUACAUUUAUAUUGAAUUUUUAAAAUUAUCUAUCGAUAAGUACCUAGUGUCCUGUGAACCCCGCCGCACAUAUCAAUAUGUCUCAUUAUUGCAAUAUACCCUAUGGUAGAUUUUCAUGGUGGUUUUGUCUAUGUAAUAUCAAAUGUUAGAAAAUGAAAUAAAUAGUACUGGUAAAAAUAUGU